UUGAAGAGCGUGAUUCUUUAAAUUCACUCUGACCGUUCUUCUGACAGUUGCUUCUUCCUUUUUAUUUUUCAUUCUGUUUCAUUUUCCUUUUACUUUAUUUAAUUUCAUUGUUUAAUUAUUUUUAUUUUAACCUUAAUUAUUAUCUUAAAGUUUGUCUUUCAACUCUCAAAUAUCUGGUAAUUCUGUCACCAUGUUUCAAAACAACUGACAACCCAAUUCUGGUCAACAGUCUUCUGUGCAUCUCUUCAUUUUUUUCAAAUAUCAUUUCGAUAAGCAAAUCAUGUUGCUUACAACCAAAAGAUGAUCAUCUUGUUUUUCAUAUUAAUUUACUCUGCUACACAUUUUAACGUAAUUAAUGGAUUGGUGGUAACAGAAAUUUCUUUCCUUUCAUCAAAUGGUAGAAAUGAUUACGUUCUCACCGGUGAAGGAUUCACUAUUACAUGCUCUUACCUGUUGGGGAAAGAAAAUGAAAUACUAAAGUCAAUUGAAAUCUUGCAGAAUGGACUUCAGGUUUACGAGUUUAACUUUGAAACCAAUGAAACCCGAAUCGAUGGUUUACUUAAAGGUGCUGUUGAUUUAACCAAAUCUUCAUCCAGUCACAUUUAUGUUAAAAAUGCAACCAUUGCUAUGCAUGGUAAUUAUACCUGUAAAGUUAAAAGUCAAAUUUCCUGUCGCUCCCAAUCCUCCAAUUUGAUCGUGAUUAAUGAUGCCUGUAAAGAUAGUGAUUGGUCUUUUCGCACUAACAUGAUUCAUUGCCUUGAAAUAAUUGAGCUUGAGUGUUCCGGAAUGUUUCCAAAGCCUUCACCCUCUUGUGGUGUUUAUGAGCAAACCACAGGUCAACUCAUCACUGCUGAACCAUUUACCAAAAUAAAACUCCAACCUGAUGGUACUUAUGACCUUUCAAUGUCCCAUCGAUACAUUGCCGAAGAUUAUCGUGAUAGAAAGGGUUCAUUCCUGUUUCGCUGUAUCCUGUCCGUUAUUGGAACAAGUUGGACUCGAGUGAUUAACAGUAAACUAUUCAGUCGUCGUGAUUGCCCCGAACCAUCCACAAUUGCCAAUGGUUUUUAUACAGUUAGCCAAAGAAAGUCCUGUUGGGAUACUCCAACUGAAGGAUCAAUUGCCACUUAUUCAUGUUCAUCUAAUUACACUUUAUCUGGUGAUGGGAUUUUAGUUUGUGUCGAUGGAACCUGGAGACAGGUUUAUGGACAUCAUCAGAAUCUUUCUGAAAAUGAUAUUAAUCUAACUAAAUUACAAUUUUUACCUGUUUCAGACACACAAUUACCAACCUGUAAUAUAUCAUCAAUAUCUUCACUGGCCGUCAGCUUAAUCAUUUUAGUCACCAUAAUUCAUCUUAAUCAUCUAUUAUAACCUUACGUAGACCUUAAUCAUAUUGGAAAAUAUAUACAACUUAAUUUUAACCCAAAAACGUUUUUUAAUGUUGAUCCAUAAUGCCUAAUUAUUGUUUAUUGUAAAUAAUAAUAUGGACUCGAUUGAAUCCAUGGAUCAGCCGGAUCGUGCAAUUAUCUUCAUCCUGAUCAUCCCAAUCAAAUUGGCAUCUUGAGUUGCCUCGUUGGAAUCCUAUUUAUUUUCUGGUACCAAAAUGUUGACCAAGUUCACAUCAAAGAUAUCAUCCAAACCAGAAUUUUCAUCUUCAUUCUGUCCUCAACUAAAUUUGAUUUAUAAGUAUCAAAAUUAUAGACAAAUUAUUUAAAUCUCAAAAAUACAGAUAAACGCCAAUUCAACAGGUUUGUUACUCGAAUAGCUCAAGAAAUGUUUCAGCCAGCAUUGAUUCCUAUUAUCAAUUGUUUUGUCCAACAUUUUUCAUGUCCUUUUUUCAUAAAUACCAGAAAAUCUUUGGUUAUUUUUGAGCUUUCAUUGUAAACUGUUUUCCUCGGUUGAAACAUUUAUGCUCCAAGAAGAUCAUUCAAGCCAGAAUCAAUGUUCAAGAUGAAACAGUUCUGUAACUAUUCGAGAAACAAUUCAGUUAAAUUUACGAUUAACUCUGUAUAUCUAUAUCAUAAGGUAACAAAUAAUAUAUUAAUUACAUGCUAACAAUUUUAAAUUAUCAAUUCUAGAGCUACUAUAAAAUAUCGUAUUUGACUCACCAGAUGAAGCAAAGAGUAACAAUCUAAUCAAUGAUUUGGUUAAUUUACUGAAUUCAAUUUUUAAUAUGAUAGACAAUUUAUUUUUCAUGCUUAAUCUUAAAUCUUAUCCAAUUGUUUUCAACUAAAUUGUGAUUCUUAAACUGCCCUUAAACUCAAAUUGAUUAUCUUAUGUCAUGUUUUUUUCUCGUUAUUAAUGUAUUUGGCCAACAGCUGCUGAUCCAUUUUAAAUCUAGAUAUUUUAAUAAUUUUUAAUAUUUAACCGAUUCUAAUUUCAACCAUUGAUUUAGUUAUCACUGACUUGAAUAUUGAAAUGAUUUGUCAUGAUUUUGUUGAAAAUGUUCAAUUUUAACAUGGAUACAGCUGAUUAGCUUUGGAUUUAAUUUGUUUAUAAUUGACUAUUUGCUUCUUCAAACUUGUGCUUUGACUUUAACAAUUAAUGAAUAAAAUCAAUGAAAAUUU